GAUUGCAGGACAGAGGAGAAGCGGAGGAUGGAGCUGCCCCACUUCGCUCUUCUCUGCGGGGCCCUCGUCGUCGUGCUCGCCUGGGACCCCCCGGGCCUCCAGGCCCUGGCCAUUUCCCCCGCGGCCGCCGCCAAGGGCAACAAGGUGGCGAAGAUCUUCGACGGACAGGAGGCGUCCAGGUAUUUCAAGGAGUUUUACGCGCCGCCGCCGCCGCCGCCGCCGCCAUCCAUCGACAGACACAACAAGGCGACGUCCAAAGAGUCGGUGGAGCCUCACGACUACAUGUUGUCCAUCUACAAGACCUUCUCCACGGCCGAGAGACUGGGACUCAACGCCAGCUUCUUUCGCUCUUCAAAAGCUGCAAACACCAUUGCAAGUUUUGUGGACAGUGGACAAGAUGACCUCCCACUCUCCCCUCUGAGGAGACAGCGGUAUCUGUUCGAUGUCUCAACGCUCUCCGAGAAAGCGGAGGUGCUCGGAGCCGAGCUCAGGAUAUACACCAAGGUGUCUGGGAAUUUCAGGAUAUCCGAGACGGACCCCGUCGACGUCCAGCUCCUCUCCUGCCACGACCAGCAGCUGCUCGUCUCCAGAACGCUGGACCUGCAGGAUUCCCACCGGCCGAAGUGGGAGGUGUUGGACGUGUGGGAGAUUUUCAAGGAGCGGCAGCACCUGAGCCAGGGGAAGCCCUUCUGCCUGGAGCUCAGGGCCAUGCUGGACAACCCCGAGAGGGAGCUGGACCUGCACCUGCUGGGCCUGCACCGACACGGCAGGCCUCAACAGAAGAAAGCCAUCUUGGUGGUCUUCACCAGGUCCAAGAAGAGGCAGACGCUCUUCAGCGAGAGGCGGGAGGGGAGGGCACUGCUGGGCCUGGAGAGGAAGAAGGCCACGGAGAGGGGCCCCGGCGUCAUCAAGGCCGGCCGGAGGCGGAGGACGGCCGCAUCCAAAACGCGCCACGGGAAGAGACACGGCAAAAAGUCCAAGUCCAGGUGCAGCAAGAAGCCGCUGCACGUCAACUUCAGAGACCUGGGCUGGGACGACUGGAUCAUCGCCCCGCUGGAUUACGAGGCGUACCACUGCGAGGGCGUGUGCGACUUCCCGCUGCGCUCCCACCUGGAGCCCACCAACCACGCCAUCAUCCAGACGCUGAUGAAUUCCAUGAACCCCAGCAACAUGCCGCCGAGCUGCUGCGCCCCGUCCAAGCUCAGCCCCAUCAGCAUCCUCUACAUCGACUCAGGAAACAACGUGGUGUACAAGCAGUACGAGGACAUGGUGGUGGAGUCGUGUGGCUGCAGGUAGUGGGGCCGACGCCUUCUCGUCCGUCCGCUUCUCCACUUCGGUGGGAAUCAGACGGCGUCGCGUGGUCCGCGUGGUGGCGAGGCCGCACCUGCAAUAAGCAGAACGUGCUCGGUUUCUUUAGCGAUGUAAUCCGACUCGUGAUGCAUUUCAAAACCAUUGUCAAGCUCAGUACCUCAAA